AUGUCGUACCCCUGUCAACCCACCACCGGGGAACCUCAGGGCUCCAUCCUGGGUCCUCUCCUCUUUUCUCUUGCUGCUCAGAUUCAAACAACACUGACAUCCAAACUGGAGGCCCUGCAGUGCCACUUCAUCUGGGAUAUGGACACCAGCGGGUCCAAACUUUUCCGUUUAAGGGAAAGGUUUGAGGAUUUCGCCACCGAGGACGGACACAGCUGGCUGGGUCACAUUUACAACCUGCGGGGGUUCAUUGAAUACAAGCUGGGGUUCACUGAAGAAGCCCAGAGUUUCUUCAACAAGGCUACAGAGGCCUUCUGCCAGAUGAGAAAUGCAGAUGAGGGUCCCUGGUUAGUGGUGAACUACGGGAACCUGGCUUGGCUGCACCACCACCUGGGAGACCCAGCAGAGAGUGAGGCUUACCUGAAAAAGGUCGAUGCCCUGAUGAAAAAAUACCCAUCUCCAUUCCAGGAUGAGCUCCACCCAGAGAUCUGCGCUGAAAAAGCCUGGACUCUCAUGAGGUUUAGCAAAGAUAAAAUGCCGCUGGCUCUAGAUUACUUCCUGAAGGCCAUCGAGAUGCAGCCGGACAUGGUGGAGUGGAACACCUGCCAUAUCUUAGGGUUAAUGUUUGCUUCAGAGCACAGCAGCACAGCAGUGGGGGCUAUCAUCUUGGAGAAAAUGAGAAUCGCCAAAGAAAAGGAUCCAAAGAACUUGUACCUCGCAGUUCACUACCUCGGCCAAUGUGCUAAGAAAGGAGAAAGAAUUGAAGAUGAAGCACGUGAGCUAGCCAGGGAGGUUUUGAGAAAUCCUGUCAGCCGCUACAGUGGUAUUAAACCCUUACUUAUUGUUUACAGAAACUAUUUAUCUGUUGAUGAGGCCAUUGAUUUGUCAGAGGAGGUUCUUGAAAACCAUCCAGAUGAGCGUUAUCUGAAGGGAUGUGCUGCACUCUGCUACAGAUGGAAGAUCUUUGACAAUGACAGUCUCAACACAACACAAAGCCUGAUGGACAGAGCAAUCAGUCUCCAUGAAGAGAUGAUUUCUCUUUACCCUCAUUCCUCACUUAAGAAGAAAAUAGACCUUGCAAAUAUAUAUGCAAAGUCAACUAAGGGCCAGGCUAAAGCUGAGCAGAUAUACCAGGAACUGCUAGAAAGGGAUCUUGAACCUGCAGACAAACAGAUGCUUUACAACAACUACGCAAAAUAUUUAAACUUCGAUCGAAAAGAGUACCAAAGGUCACUAAGAUAUCACAUGAAGGCAGCAGAGAUACCGCAACAAUCCUUCUUUCGGGAGAACAGCAUCAAAGUUCUGGAGAAGAUUAGAGACAAAGGCAGGGACAGAAUGUGUAGAGAAAUAGAGAAGUUUCUGGAAGAAAUAUAGGUAUUGCAUUACCUAAAGGAAUCUGUAAGUACUUAAUAAUCGAGCUGUGUCCAUUAAAGGCAGGUUUCUAAAAGUGUCUGGACUUUUGUAGUUAACAUUCGUAGUUAAUGGAAGACAGAGGCUGUUAAAAAAAAUAUCAGCACUUGAUUUUUAUGAAACACGCCGAAUCCUUCACUAACACUGAUUGUUAACAUGUUGAAAUUAUUUGUUAAAAUAGAUUUUGAAUGGAUGUUGUUUUCCUUAACUUAGUGUAUAAAUCUGCUCAGGUUUACACAGUGUACUCUCUCAAUUCUUUUUUUUUCUUACUUUUAAUGGUGGGGAGGGGGGUGACAGAUUUGUCAUGUCAUAUGUCUUUUAAGCUGAGUGCCUAAAUUUCCCUCGGGAUCAAUAAAGUAUCUAUCUAUCUGUAACCAUGAUGUUUUCCUUUGCACUGUAUUUUAAGAACACCGUACACUCUAUAGCCUUUGAAAUUUGCUUUGCUGAAAGCUUUGAGUUGUGAAAUAUAAAACUGUGAUGUAAUGUAAUACUUCAUUUUAAAAUUAAUAUUAUGGCCAGAUACAACUGAUUGUAUGUAUAGAAAAUAUGUCAAGUUUGCUUAAAUUGUACAAAUUAAUAAACAUGCAUUAUAUACGCUAUGAAAAGUA